AUGUGUCAGUUUUCAACUCCGGUGCUUUAAUUUCGCGUCGCAAUUUCGUCCUCAUGAAUAAUUUUCAUUAAAUUUCAUUAAAAACAACUGCAAUUAUAUUCUCGAAAUUCAUUACAAUUUCGAAGAAAAGCCUCUAUCAUGUCUGUGCUUCCACCAGAUCCCGUGUUUGUCCUCCGACACUCGGACAUGGACGCAAUCAAUUCGCUGGCCUUCUACAAAGACGAAAAACUCCUGGCCGGAACCCUUAAGGGAACUGUCCAACUAUGGGACUUACAGACCAAUCGUUGCACUUCAAGCUUCGAAAUUGGAACUGAUCCUAUUACUGCCAUGCAUCACACCAAUUCUCAUUUAAUUACACAAGAAAAAGGUGGAACUCUGAAAUACUGGUCAAAGACUAAUUCUUCUUAUGUUUUGGAAAAGACUUGUGGAACUAAUCACAUGGCUUUCUGUCGCACGGACUACUCACAUGAUGAUGAGGCGCUCGUUUUCCCCCAAAACGACAACUGCAUUGGUAUUUUACACACCAAAGAUUGGCAGAAAAAAACUCUGCUAGUGCCAGAUAAAUGUCUCAAUUUGGGACAACUCUCUUGUCUGAAGAAAUUCAAUUUAAGAGGACACGAUAUGGUCCUCGCUGGUUAUGAAUCUGGAGAUUUCCUCACUUGGGACCUCCGUUCAGAGAAACCCAUCAACGAAGUUCACUUUGAUGUUGGCGCCGCAACAAGUGUGGACUUCGAUAGCCUUACCAACAGAGGUUUAGUCGGGGGCACCGAAGAUAAAUUCUUUGCUGUUACAUUCCAAAUGAAGGCCAUGGAACUUACCAAAAUACAAGAGAUACCCAUAAGAAAUCCAGGAAUAAAUUGCAUCCGCAUUCGGAAAGAUAGGAAAAUAUUCUCCACUGCCGGAUGGGAUGGCAGAAUUAGAAUAUUCUCAUACAAAAGCCUGCGACCAUUAGCCGUUCUGACCGAACACAAGUCAGGUGGAAUAAUGGAUAUCGCUUAUUCAGAUGAUAACAUUUACUACUGGAAUGCCCCAAUAAUGGCCGCAGCUGGUAUGGAUGGUAAAAUUUCUCUAUGGAACUUGUACAAUUGAAGGAGACGAUAAAUAACCUACGACGGGUUGAGGAACAUACCUCAUAGUACUUUUUAUUUUGCUCUGAUCCUUUUUUUAUUUUAAAUUUGUAUUUUUAUUUGGAAAUUGCUUUGUACCUUUAAACAUCAUCGAUGAUGAUAAAAUCCAAUGAUCGAUAGUCAAAAGUAAUAAAUUCAUUGAAUUGAUUGAUUGAAAUAA